UGUCAGUUAAAUGUCAACCAUAAAGCCGUAACUACCAUCUAAUACAAAUCGUGUUUUACAAACAUUUUUCUUCAAAACUUGACUUAAACUCAUUAAAACUCUUUAGAAACAUGUCUAAAACAGAGGAAGAAGGUAGUGAAGUACCGGAUACCGGUGAAAAUUCGAACGAAUCUACUUCCGAUACAUUAUCCUCAAGGGGUAAAGAAGAUUUCGAAACUAAAAUCGAAACUGACCGCAGCAAAAGAUUUGAUUAUCUUUUAAAACAAACCGAAAUUUUUUCUCACUUCAUGACAAGUCAAAAUGCAAAAGGAAAAGAGAAACCUAAAACAGGAAGACCAAAAAAACCUAAACCGGACGAUUCUCUUGGAGAUCACAGACAUCGUAAAACAGAACAAGAAGAGGAUGAAGAACUUUUGGCUGAGUCAAACACUAAAAGUAAAAACACGAUACGGUUUGAUAUAUCGCCGCCCUAUAUAAAAGGUGGCGAAAUGCGUGAUUAUCAGGUAAGGGGCCUUAAUUGGAUGAUCUCUCUUUAUGAAAAUGGCAUCAACGGAAUAUUGGCCGAUGAGAUGGGUCUUGGUAAAACGUUACAAACGAUCUCGUUGCUCGGAUUUAUGAAACACUACAAAAGUAUUGGUGGACCGCACAUAGUCAUCGUUCCUAAAUCAACACUGCAAAAUUGGAUGAAUGAAUUUGGUAAAUGGUGUCCCUCUAUUAGAGCGGUUUGUUUAAUCGGUGAUCAAGAAGCUAGGGUAAGUUGAGUAUUUUUAAAUAUAUUA